GUAUUGUACGAUUUACUAAAACGAAACUACCGACACAACGACCGGUUCGUUGUUCGUGCAGUGGUUCGUGUCUUCUUUUGUGAUCAGCUUCAAUUCUGAAAGAAACAAAUCUGGAUUAUAGUACUAUGACAACUGACCCAGAGCGUGCUGGCGAUAAGAGUGAUAUGGAAUCAGUUGAAGAUGAAGAUGAUAACAACACUUCAGAGUUUACCUCCCAAAUUUUACGUAGACCUGAUGUGUUAGCAGUUCUGCAAGAUCGUUUUUCUGCCCCAGGAUUAGAGCAAAUGCAGAAUCUCCCAGCUUCUGUAAAACGCAGAAUUAAAGCUUUGAAACAAUUGCAAUUAGUUACUACCAAUAUUGAAGCAAAAUUCUAUGAGGAGGUACAUGCCUUGGAAUGUAAAUAUUACAAAAUGUGUGCAUCUCUUUAUGAAAAGAGGAGUGAAAUAGUAUCUGGUGUUCAUGAACCAACGGAUGAACAAUGUGUAUGGGAGAGUGAUGAUGAUGAAGAGGGAUUAACUAAUGAUUUGAAAUCAAAAGUGAAACUUGAAGAUGAUAAAGAGCAAAAGAAAGAAGAAGAACCAAAUGAAGAUACUAAGGGCAUCCCAGAUUUUUGGCUAACAAUAUUUAAAAAUGUUGGAACAUUAGCUGAUAUGGUUCAAGAACAUGAUGAACCAAUACUCAAACAUUUGUAUGAUAUUAAAGUAAUAUUUCUCGAAUCUAAUCCAAUGGGUUUUGUUCUCGAGUUCCAUUUUGAACCGAACGAAUACUUUACUAAUUCGGUUUUAACAAAAGAAUAUAUCAUGAAAUGUACUCCCGAUAAAGAUGAUCCGUUUAGUUUUGAAGGGCCUGAAAUAUAUAAAUGCAAGGGAUGCGUAAUUGAUUGGAAAAAGGGAAAGAAUGUCACAGUAAAAACUAUUAAAAAGAAUCAAAAACAUAAGUCUCGAGGGUCCAUGAGAACGGUAACAAAAACUGUUCAAAAUGACUCAUUUUUCAACUUUUUCAAUCCACCAGUUGUGCCAGAUGAUGCAGAAGCAGAGUUAGAUGACGAGACUCAAGCUUUGUUAACAAGUGACUUCGAAAUUGGUCAUUAUAUUAGAGAGCGUAUAGUUCCUCGCGCUGUACUGUACUACACAGGAGAAGGCUUAGAAGACGAAGAUGAAGACUACGAAGAAGAAGAAGGUGAUGAAGACGAUCCCGAAGAUGAAGAUGAAGAUGACGAGGAAUCUUCUCCGACUAAUGCACCGUCAGGUGGGAAACUACAGGGAAAUGAACCUAACGAGUGUAAACAACAGUAGAAUUAUAUACAAAUUAUGAUAAGAAAAAUCGUUCAUGCGUACAGUAAGCGACAACACACGAAAUCUGACCGAUAACUGCCUAGAUAACCUGCACCUAUGGCUCCGACCUAAUCCUGUUCGUACCAGUCAUCUAAUCAUAUCAUGUCUCCUAUUCCAGAUCAAGCCUAGAAUCUUCGACAUACCAGUGACAAAAUUAUGCGUACCUUCCCUUUAUCCGACGUUGACGAUGAAUAGAAAUACGGCUCUUUAACAGCUAAGAUUUAAUAAUGUCAUAAGCAUAAACGAUUGCGCUCUCAGCUCUACAUAAUCAUUGUCAUUUUUAAUUGCUUUAUUUGAUACUAUUGUUACGUUUAUACGCAAAAAGGAAGGUUAGUUGAAUUUUUUUCAAAGCGCACGUUGAUCUAUGAACAAAUUUUUGGGUAUUGUUAAAGCAUUUUUAAUACAAAAAUUAAGAAAACAGCAGA